UUGCUUCAGUCAAAUACUGGCUUUUAUUGUGUCUCCUGAUGUGCUGCUUGUCGACAUGUCCUGUACAGUCUGCACCUUUAUUCUCAACCAUCUGCAGCUAGUGUAACAUGCAUGGCACUUCAUGACCUCAACUGAAUAGUGUGCACAUCAAGUUUUCCUCAGUAAUCAGCAUUUUCUCUCCAAGUGAGAUUGUGAUAUCAAUCAUGCAUUGUGCAGCAGCAUCCUGUGUGAACAAUUCAAAAUACAGGGAUAGGUUGAUUGUUAUGCCACAUGUAAUUGAACUACAGUUCCAUAAGGCACAUGCAGAGGACUACACUAAAUGGGAAAAGAAGCUUGACAAGACGGAUUACAGGGUGUCACAGUACACAAGAAUUUGCAGUAAUCACUUCAAGUAUGGUAAGCCAUUAGCAGGGAGUUCUGUUCCUACACUGUACAUGCGUUCCUAUCCGGACUGGGCAUUGUCAAGAAAACAGGCAGCUAAGGAAGUUGCAGCAGUAGAAAAUGGACUGAUUUGUCAUGCAUUGGUGCAUGUGUGUAAGUAUCUGGACCCACAGACAACAACUAGACUUGCGGAGCAGCUUAGAGUACAACCUGGAAAGAACAGUGACUGUAUUUUCCAAAAAUUGCUGUCCAUGUCUAGUACUGAGGCUAGACAGUUAUUACAGCAAGUUGCACCAAUUGUGCCGGGAGGAAAAUGUUUAGAGGCCCUCCAUAUUUAUAGAUAUGGAGCCUUGUGUGAAGGGACCGGUUGGUUAUCGGCUCAGUUUCAGCCCACUAAACUGUAA